CAAUUUCUUAAACAUACUACAGUAAUCUAUGAUUUGAAAAUGAGACAAUUGUGCAACUUGUUGGUUUUCUAAACCAUUUAUCACAAAAAGAUUCCUUGUCCGGCAUCAGUUAACAAGAUUUGUAUCAUACUGUAUACAGCUUUUUCUUGGCGCACGAGCGUCACUCUCCGUGACAGGUUUACAGUGCACUCAAGCACAUGGUGAGCUGGGGGUGGGGUCCUGUACGCCUUCAUGCAGGUCUCCACCUCAUCACUCUGCACCAGGUCACAGGUCAGCUCAUGACUUCACACUCCCACAUGACCUGGCAACCCACCUUUGAUGAAGGUUUCCUACAGGUCCUGGCAGACAUUCAAGAUGGCCGUCUCUUGGUCAUCUUAGGAGCACCAGAUUUCACGUUAUUCCUGGGAGAAGAGACAAUAAGGGUGCUGGAGGAUAUGGGCGCACUUUACAUCGACAGACUGGCCUACAAGGACGUGUGGUGCCUGCUGGUGCACAAGGGUGGCGGGGUAGUACUUGAGGCCCUUACCACAUCUCUCCCACAGCACAACCUUACAAAGUUCGACGUGUCUCCUCUAGCACUACGCGUCUCUGUACCUCGCAAGGAGGAGCAGCGGUGUGGUUGGUACAGUGCUGCAGGCAUGCAAGAGAGGGCCACCUUCUGCGACACUUACGACGGCUACGGUGACUUUUGCACCUGUCAUGACCCACCCUGGUCACCUCUUCCACAAAACCCCGUGGAGUACAGGAUGCAGGAAGUGAUUCCUGUUGCCAUAGUAACAGCUCGCCGGCUGCCCCACGUCUUGCGUCAGGUAGGGCAGGUGUGGGCCAGCCCCGGCGGUACCAACACACCCAUUACCAUCUUUGUUGAUGGUUACAACCCCGAGGCUCAAGCCCUGGCAGCCCUCCUCCAGGUGCCAGUGAUCCAUCACCAUAAUCCUUCACCCAAGGGUUCAACAACUCGUAUCAACUCCCACAUAAAAUUUGUCUUAACUCAAGUGUUCCAACAUUACCCCAGAGCUGACAAGGCCAUUAUCCUGGAAGACGACCUCGACUUGUCUCCCGACUUUAUCCCGUUCUUCCAGCAGACAGCAGCGCUUCUCACCUCAGACUCUCAGCUUUUGUGCGUCAACGCCUACAACCACAACGCCUUUCCCCACACAGCUCACUCACCGUCUCGACUCUACAGAGUUCAUGGAGCUCCUGCUUGUGGUUGGAUGGUCAGGAGGCAAGUGGCAAGAGAGAUGACCAGUAACUGGAUCCCUAAACAUUUGGAUGUGGACUGGGACCUGUGGGUACGACAGGCAGUGAUGGGUGAAAGAGACAUACUGGUGCCGGAGAUUCCUCGCACCAAGCACCGUGGUGGCGGCGGUGUUCACGUCACUGGCAUAGAACAACAGCAGUACUACAACCAACGUCCACUCAAUACUCUCCCAAAUGUCACAUUAGACGUCCACGAGGCGGAGCUGGCAAACUACAUCAAGUUUCAUACCAGUAACAUACGGAAGGGUCACGUGGUGCGUUUCAGGACACAUCCCUGUGACCACUUGCCUAUACCCCAGCACCAGGUUAACCAGAGCUACGUAGUGUAUAUCAAGCAACAAGACGAGACAACCAACUCUCGUGCCUACUAUGUCGCCGCCAGGUGUCUAGGCCUCGACGACCACAUUUCCCGUGAAAACUACCACAUGAUGUACACAGCUUCCUUCUAUGGUAACCAGCUCUACCUCAUCGGCUGUCCCAAGUCUCCUUUCUGCUUGACGCAGGACCCGGGGGAUAUCUACAGUGCGACACAGGAGGCCAUGACUUACGCCUCCCUCCACCCCUUCAGGAAGGUACCACCCAGCCAACGACGUCUCAUAUUCAGGGUCACAGUCCUCUCUCUCUGGGACGAGGUCAACCUCAACAACCUCGCCAUCUAUGAGUGACCACUUCUGAGGAACGAGUAACAGUGAAUCUAGUAUUAUAGAAUUAAUAAGACAAAUAUAUCUUAAUCACUAAGAUUCCAAGCACUUUUUAUAAAGAAUACCUUGAAUUAGCUACAAUUAGAUACUGAUAAUUUGUAAAGGUGACAAUACCGGAAUGUUGCAACAACCAUGGGCAGAGUUUAUAUUGCGGAAUGUUGCAACAACCAUGGGCAGAGUUAAUAUUGCG